AACGAGGACCCAGUUCAUCUUGGUAAGACUGUCCAGCCGUGUAGGGUUCUUCGUCGAUGCUCAGUGGCUCAUGGGUCAUGGCUCAGUACAAGAUUUUUUGCGUACGAACUGCAUGGACGUCUCCCACGUAAACCAAACGCCACCAUGCCUGCAAACAUAGCGCUUUUGAAACAAGGGACCCGCAUCAUUGAGAAACGACUUUGCUUAUGCUUAUCACCUCCAGAUGCGAAUACCGCAACCCUGUAACAUGCCACUGGACUCCUGACGCCUUACCUGACCCUACGCCAGUGACCUUUCAAGAGAACUUGUAAAGCUUUUUUAAGCGUGUUGCUAAUGUUAGGCUGGAUCUUAAUGUUUCCCUUAACGCGGAAGUUAGGGGUCGUUCAUGGUCCGACCAGUGCGUCGGUGCCCGCUUGGCGUGUCAUUCUACUUACGUGGAUCCUUGUAAACGGUCAUAUGGCUAUGGCUGCCCAGAUGACGGUAAGAGACCUGAAACCACGGGCUAGCGGAGUAGCGGGUGGCAUCCUCGCCAUGGAGAAGUUGGUCACGGAGACGCGGCCAAUGCCCUACGCUGGAUGCGACUACUGGCAGCUACCCCAGUCCUCCAUUGACGCAGCAGAAGAAUGCGCGACCCCAGAGGACGGCAGGCAAGGAUACCUGCUGUUUGAAUUUUGGCGCAUGGACAAUGCCACAGCCGUGGACACGCGUUUGGUGCGCAAUGUUUACUUCAUGGUAGCUCGCGGCGCGCAGCCCAUUCUGAGUUUAGCCUGCUUGCCCUCGCGCACCAACUGCACGCUGUUGGCUCGGCCGGACUGGGUGGAUGCUCCGCAGUCCACUCAGGCGGGCGUGCGCUGGGACGAUGAGGCCAUCUGGCGCCAGCGGGCACACCAGCGAAUCAUCGUGCCGCGCAACACCAGCAGCAGCUCAACACUGGGCGGCUGGUACGCCUCGGUGUGUAGUUUGACCGACGUGGACUUCGACCUGCGAGCCUACUCGCUGCGGGUCAGCUGCGUCACCCCGGCCUCCGCGCCCUGCCCGCGACCCUCGCCGCUGGACCCGACGCCAUGCAGCGGGCAGGGAGCGUGCGUGGAGCCGCAGCAGGACCCCUCCUCCGACCUGCUCCCCGCCCUCAACCGCGUCUGCUCCUGCAACCCGGGUUUCGCCGACUACGGCUGCAACAUGCGCGUACCGCAGCUAGACGGCAGCCUGCUCGCCGGCCACAGCGCGAGUGCCGUCGUCAAACCCGGCGCAUGGGCUUACUGGCAGGUGCAGGUACCCCUCCCCGCCACCACCACCACCAACACCAAACCGACGUUAGUCGUGGAGCUCAGUCGUACGGGCUACUUCGGAGCGUACGGUGUCGUACCGGAGCAAGCGGGUCGUACCACCGCGCUGCCCGCCAACCCGCAGUACGGCGGCAACCCGGUUUUGAUCGUGAUGCCGAAGGACGACUCCGCGCCCUUUCGACUUCCCUGGUUUGAAGACGUGCGUGCGAACGCCGACCUAGCGUCGUACAUGCUCCAACAGAACCUACACUACCGCGUCAUUCGCAGCAUGAGCGCGUCCAACACUAGCACUGCAGUCACGAGCAACAGCAGCAAUGACGGUGGCGGUGCUGACGGGGAUCAGGUGGCCGAGUUCUAUGUGGCCGUGUAUAAUGACAUUAACGUGAACGAUGACGUUAUUGCAGCCACUCCGACGGAGGCCAACGUGACCGUACGGGUGCGGUGGCAGACCGGCUCUCUGCCCGCCUCCUGGCGCACCCCGCUGUGCCCCGCCGACUGCAACGGGCGGGGCCGCUGCUGGGACCCCUGGGACCCCGCCACCCGGGCCAUCCUGCCGCGCCCGCUGCUGCCGCUGAGCACCACACCGGACUUUAUGUGCGCGUGUGAGACAGGCUGGGGCGGCUACCUGUGUGAGGGGCGGCUGGUGAACGGCACCCUGGCUGCGGGCGGCUCCGACCUGAGCCAGGCGGGCUCGCUGGACCCGGGGCAGUGGUACUACUUUGCCAUCACGCCCGACCCCGACCACUUCAGCUCCAAGACGGACAGCAUCACCUUCCAAUGGGGGAUCAGCAGCAGCAACAGCGGCGGCGGCAGCAGCAGCAGCCUGAGCAGCAGCAGCAGCGACUGGGGGACGAAUGCGGUGCUGACGAUGCCCAGACAGUCCUUUUUGCCCCAGACGACGGCCGGCAGUGCGGAUGUGUUGACGUACAACGACCUGCUGGACGCCAACCACCGGGCCUUCCCCCUGCAGCUGCUGCGCGCGCAGUCGGGUGCCACCUACGUGCUGGGGAUAUACAACAGCGACUACCGCUUCCAGUCCUCCUUUUACUUCUCGCUGGUCGUCUCAGUUCCCUUCACCACCCGCAACUGGCUGAAGCCCUACAUGUCGGUGGCGCUGGGGGUCACCGCCGCCAUCUGCCUGUGCCUGGGCCUCACCAUGUGCCGCAGAUUCGUGCAGCGCUUCGGCUGGGGUACGCUGCUGCCGCGGGGGGGAGGGCCGCCGCAGGGGGCAGCGGGCGGGCUGGGUGGGGCCGACCCCGCUGGCCGUGCGCAGCUUGCCCGUGUGCCCAACCGCAGCCAGGGCGUACCUCGCCACGUCAUCGACUCCCUCCUCACCUACCAGUUCCAUGCAGCAGCAGCAGCAGCAGCUGGAGGCACCCCUCAGCAGGGGCCCCCUGACAGCGCCAAGCGGCGAAUAUCCCGCAGCAAUACCAGCAACAGCCGUCGUGGUGGUGGCGGUGGUGGUGUCAGCGAGGAAGAGGCAGGUGGUGCUACCGCUGCUACCGCUGCUGCUGCGUCUCCAGGGCAAGAGCUGCAGCAGGGACAGGGGGCGCGGGUGGUAUCGCGGCCGUCCAGUUUGCGGCGGCAGGGGAGCUCCAGGGGAGCAGCAGCGGCUGCUGCUGCUGCUGCUGCUGCGGCGGCUCAGGCCCAGGCGGGGGCGGCAGCUCAGGAGGCAUCAGCAGCAGCAGCUGCAUGUACAGCUACGUGUAGAAGCGGAGGCGGAGGUGGUGCGGUGGAGUUGACGGUGCUUGCACCAGGGUCGGCGGCAACAAUGCCGUACGGCAGCGCCGACGUUGCCAACGGCAUAAACCCGCUGUUCAUGGCAUCAUCAGGGGUUGCUGGAGUAGCAGCAGCUGAGGGCGGCUCAGCAGCGGCAGUAGCAGCAGCGGGUGCUGGGGGCAGUGGCAGUGGCAGCAGCGAUGGCGAGGGGGCGGACGAGGGGCCGCAGUGCACCGUGUGUCUGUGCGAGUAUGAGGAGGGGGAGCGCAUCGCCAGGCUGCCAUGCAAGCAUGAGUUCCACUUCUCAUGCAUCAGCAAGUGGCUCCGCACGCACACCACCUGCCCCGUCUGCCGCAUCUCCCUGCUGCCCGACCAGCCCAGCGGCCCGCCAGACCCUGAGCUGGGGCUGCUGGGGCCGGGAGCCGGGGAGCCGCCGGGGCAGGAGGGCGCCGCAGCCGUAGCCUCACAGGAGGGGCAUCCGGGCGGGGAGCAGCAGCACCCGCAGCAGCACCCGCCACUCGCCGGCGCUGCCAACCAGUUGGCUGGCGCUGCUACUGAGGUCCCAGUCGCCUCCGGCUUUGCUGAGGGGACAGGUGUGCAGCCGCACCCUCGGCCGCAGCCAGCCGCCCUGCCGCCCUCCUCGCAGCAGCAGCAGCAGGAGGGUACACUCGCAACAACAGCACAACCAGCAGCAGCAGCAGCCGUUGCAGGCAUUGGUCGGGGGAGGAACCCACCACCCAGUGCCGCAUGACCCACAUGAGGCCUUGCGGACGGCGGCAGCAGCGGUUGAGCGGGUGGCGCGAGCUCCUGACCGGUGAUAGAAGCCAGCUGUCGGUCUGCGAGUGGGAGACGGAGUCCGCAGCCCCCACGGCGACGUCGGUUGGUAGGGGUGUUGGGAGCUGCUGAGUCGGCUUGUGCCGUACGUGUGGGUUCCCAUGAGACAUCGUCGCCAAUCUCACCAUGGCUGUUGUAGCGGCUAGGCUUCUUUGCGGCUAGGCUGUCGGUACCCCAGCGACGGCGAUGGGGUGUGGGCGUUGGUACAAGGGGCGAUGACCGGUAUGGUAGUGGUGGUGGUGGUGGUGGUGGUGGUGGCGGCUUAGCGGGUGUGCUUCCGGCACAGGAGGUCUCCGGCAUGGGAGGCUUCCCGAGGUUUGGCCCUUGUCAAGAUGUAAAUCGUUUCUUUAUGUGACCAACUGAGGGCAUCGUUCCUGGGGUUCUACCUGCGGUGGGUUUGCUGCUGCUGCUGUGCUGCACUUGUUGACCUAUGUGCGGCUUCGCACCGGGCUGGUUGGCCGGAUGGGAGCCCCCACCCCAGUUUGCACCAGUUAGCAACCCAUGGAGGAGCCCCGUCAUCCAGUUUGUCAGUGUUUCUUUAUUUUUACCCCAGUUUGCCACUAUAUAUCCAGAAGACCCGGUGGGUGUCGGCAACUACUUCUAAGCAAACAGUUGGGGGUAAAGCCCUUCUUACCCGCCGUCCUCUCCUCCCCUCUACUUGUGUGCGGAGGAGGCAUGGGUCACCAUGAGUCAUCAUGAUUCGCUGUGAUCGCAGGUUUGAUGGUUUGGUUCGUCCCACGGGACUCAGCGCAGCGCGCCAGCAGUGGCACCUUCAUGGGCAUACCUACAUAUGUUGUCAGGACACACGCAUUGGUGUUGGGUACAGAGGCGAUGUGUUGGCGCUGUGUUAAAAUAACUGGCCGCGAGGCGUGUGGGGUGUGAGGUGUGUGUUGGCGCUGUAUUAAAAUAACUGGCCGCGCUGUGUGUGUGCUUUCUGCUUUGUGUUGCGGUGCGCUAGCUUUUGUGCGCUUCGGCGGAUUCCAUGCCACGCAGCCAUCACGCGCUGCGGGGGCGGAAUGAAGCUGACGCCGGGAUUUGCGGCUUUCGCGCGUGGGGUACUAUUAUGCGCACAGUUAGGUUUUCGCACCCCAGUAGGUCUGAGUGACAUGUAGAGUAUUGAGCAGGUGCACGUGGCUGGUGGGGAUUGCUGAAGAACGUUGGAAGAAGUAUGGGAUAUCGGCUGUCGGAAGGCUGGGUGCUUGGGAGCUGCAUCAAUUCCUGGGAGCAUCUUGGGAGGCCGCGCCCUCCUGGCCUCACACGCCGGUGGACAGGAUACCGGUUGUACGAUUAAGACUCCUUAUGGAAUUGCACAUGAAGGGCAGUGUAUAUGGGAAGGGUCCCUUUUUGAGGGAAAGACCGAAGGCGGUCAAUACAGCUUCCAGUAAUGUACGGAGGAAUGCGGCAGGAAGGGGGCUUCCCUUUGAGGUGGGGCGGGGCAGGCUGCUGGUGGUUGUGACCCCGGGAAGACCAUACCGUACAAUCGAGGUGGCCAGUGGACAGCUUGCCACACACAUGUGUGGUAGCCUAGUACAGGUGGGUUUACGUGGCGACCUCACUGACGGUGUAUGCCUACGUGUUGGCCGCUAUGUGGGGUCAAACGCUAUGUGUGUGUGCGAAAUGAACUUGGCGCAUGGACAGGGGUGGAACGUAUCCUGGAUUCCCGGUAGUCAUCUGAGAGGAUGAGGGAGCAAGACACAUGCGUACGGCGCUGAGGGUUUGUACGACAAGCGGUUAGAUUAGGUUAGCAUGUGUCGUGAGCUUGUGACGCUCCCUAGCAAUCCGCAGGUGGAUGGAAGGGACACCGUCUUGCCUUGGGAAACAAGGGCGGUACAGCGUUGGGAAUGUGGGCUUGAGGUUUCAAUCCUACCGGUGUUGAUAAGGUACGAACGGGUGGCGCAACGGCGAGAGGACGCGUGAAUUGCGCUGUACUGCUGUCUAGGAGGGACAUGUAGGGAAAUGGGCGGUAGGGGAUUUGGGCUAACGACCAAAGAUCACUGCAUGCGUGUGCUGUUCUAGCUCUACAUGUCAAGCAACGGAUGAGGCUGCAAGCAAGACCUGUUGCUGUAUUGAGGGCUCCAUGCGAUCCAUUACCCUUGCGAAUUGUGGUUCGUUGUAUCGCAUUCGGCGAAUGUCACCGGUGGCGCCAAGGGGUUCCGGGUUGCUGUCAACUACAACGAGAUGCUUACGGUUUUCAGUGUUCACGCAUGUUGCGAGCGAGCGAGCGUUGCGAGUCAAAGUGGAGUACUUGCAACAAUGAGCUGCGCAGUUUGCGGUAUAGUGCAAUGCCACCAGCCAAGCAAAGCAAGCAGUCCGAAGGCUGAGGACAUCUUAAUGCAGCAGCAGCGC